GAGAUAUUUGGAUUUAAUCCUUAUCUUAGUCUGACGGAGCCUUUUGUGGUGCAGGGAGAAGUUUUAAAUGAAUAACAUUGCUCUUUUUUAUACAUAUAUAUAUUUAACGAGUAAAUAGAGAAAUUAGAGAUUUGUUUUAUAGUGAGUUAAUUAGUCUGUGUAACUGUAAGAAGCCCAUCCGUUUCCUACCCAUGUGUUUUUAACUCCUGAGUUCAGUUGACUGACAUUAUGAUGAUAGACGGUGAGGAUUUGGGAGAAAGUGCUCUUAUUCAUUUGGACGUCGAGAGUCUUAAUCCUGCCAUCAUUAAACAUAAGAAAUCAGAGAUUUCCACCACUCGGAAAUGCUACUCUUACAUAAAGAAGAAGACCUUUGCAACAUUUGUGGGGUCUAAGAAGAUUCCAACAUCUAAACUAGACACAUCACUUUGGUGCUGCUGUGACGAGGCAUUCUCAGAUCCCUCAUCCAUCCACAAACAUGUUUCCAACGUCCAUGCAAUCGAGAUCGACAAGCUCACCAUUGCAGCUCUGGAUCAGUUGCUGAAACAGGCCAACACCGAUGGCUCUGUACAUGACCAUCAGAAUAACUGUCAGUCAAAUGAUGCUGCCUCCUGGAUGCCUGAUACAAGCCACCUUUCUGAGGAUGAGCUGAGCAAAGGUCCAGGUGAAGUCAUCUUAUAUUACUGCUAUUGUCAGAUAAAAGAGCCCAGGUUCAUUCGUGACUGGCAGAAUGAGCUGUGUUCAAAGCUUCACCUCACCGGCAAGGUACGUGUGGCCACAGAGGGCAUCAAUGGAACAAUUGGUGGAACCAAAACAGCCACAAGCCUUUAUAUCAAGGCAAUGCUGGCACAUCCCAUUUUCCAAGUAAUGCAAGUGGAAGAUUUCAAGACUAGUGAAGGUGGUGCAGAGUGCUUUCCUGACCUUAAAGUUGGAGUGUAUAAAGAAAUCGUCCCAAUGGGUGUGGAUCCAGAUAUGAUCUCCUACAGAUUAGCAGGAACACAUUUGGAGCCUGAGGAAUUCCACAAAGAGGUGCAAUCUCUGCUGCAAGAUGGUUCCUUGAACCGUGAUACAAUUCUACUGGACUGUAGAAACUUCUACGAGAGUAAAAUAGGCCAGUUUAAAAAUUGCUUGGCGCCGGAUAUCCGCAAAUUCAGCUACUUCCCUGAUUAUGUGGACAAGAACCUGGAGCUAUUUCGUGAUAAGAAGGUACUAAUGUACUGCACUGGGGGCAUACGGUGUGAACGAGGGUCAGCAUAUCUCCGUUCAAAAGAUGUAUGUAAAGAAGUAUACCAGCUGAAGGGUGGCAUUCACAAGUAUCUGGAGCAGUUUCCUGAUGGUUUUUACCGGGGCAAACUUUUUGUGUUUGAUGAACGUUAUGCAAUCUCAUUCAACGAUGACAUCAUCUCAGAUUGUAGGUACUGUGGGACUCCAUGGGACCAGUAUCAGCUUUGCUCUACUGAUUUCUGUUGCCAGCUUGUCUUAUCCUGCACCACUUGCAGAAAGAAAGGCCUUACAGCCUGUUGCCCUGUGUGCCAAGCCAAAGAGCAGACACCCAGCGGAAGCCUCUCGAGCACACGUGUACACAAAGAAGAGUGUGCGUGUACGCGUUCCCGGCCUAGAAUCCCGAAAGACACGUUAUGAUGAGCAGGUCCCCGAGGCUUCCUGCUGUCCGGCACCCAGUGCAGAAAACUACUGUGUUUUAAAGGAAGAUUGCAGUGACUGAAAACCACAUUGUCAGAGUUUGAUGUAGGGCUGGGCAAGAUGAUAUAAUACUAAUAUCAUGAUAGAUUAUUUCACAUAUUCCUUACACACUGCAGUAUCACAACAGAUUUUAAAAAAAAACAUUUUAACAGUUACUUUGGAAGCAACCAAUUUGAUAUGUAGUAUCCGCAGUAAAAUUGAUAGACAUAUUGCUCAUCCCUAGUGUGAAUUUAACAGGUUUUGUCCUUUUAGAAUAUGAAGUUGUGCUAUACAGUUAUUCUAGACAUCUGCUUACUGCAUUAAAUAAGUUCUGUGUUUUACCUUUAAAACAUUUCAUACUCAUAACCCAAAAUAUGAGUUCUGCUGGGAAAAAAAAAAGCUGAAAUAAAUUACAUCGAGAUUUUUAAUGUUUUUAGUUAUAUUAGGACAAGGAAAUGCAUCAAUAGAGGCACAGAGUAAAUAUACUCCAAAGAAAGGAUACAGAUUUGGCAAUGGACAGAAAUACAAAAAAAGUUCAUUUUGUUCAUUAUUUCCUUCAAAAAGACAAGCACGUAAAUCUAUACAUCACAUCUUACUCCCAACACAGGUGCCAUUUGGAUUCCAUUUUCCCUUUGUCAGAAAGUGAAAUGAACUUUUGGCCACACACACAAACACACACCCCUGCAGAGAGAAAUUUGAGGACACGAUUAACUAUUUACGGAUUCAAACCAGUUAAUACUGUAACGUGAAAGAGGUAAUGUGAUUGCAUGCUUACCUGAUAAACAAGGAGACUAUGAUUAAAAGUUAUCCCCAGUGAUGAAAGAGGUACCAUAUGGUGUCAUUGCUGAGCGUUGGCCCAAGCAGUGGGUUCAGCUGAGCCAAAAUCGCAAUCAGCCAGCUAAACAACAAGCGAGCAAGCAUGAGAUCAAAACAAAUACAGAACCUCUUCAACAACAGACCAUUCACCAUCACAAGCAUCCUACAUGACAUCACGCUUUGACAGAGUACACACACCCCAUAGAAGUGUGUGUGUAGACGUGUCUGCUGAUAAAGUGUGUUAAUCUGGGAAAACCCACUGAUGAGGAACCAGGAUGUACAGUAUGUGUGCUGCCCCCAUGUGGUUAAUUAAACAAACAUUCCUCUUCA